AUGGUAUCUCAACUCAAGAAGGCAUCCGAGGCAACUCUGGGAGCGGGCAUUGACGGGUACGGAGUCUCGAUCACGGCACCAUGGCAAACUUUUUGGAAGGACCACAACCAGUGGGACUCCGAUAUCAACAAUGCGCUUUGGGUAAAUGAUUUGAGUCCUUGGGCUCCAGAGUCUGACGACCCAGUGUAUCUCGGCGAGGUCAGGGCAGCACUAGCUGCAAGUGGAAGGUGGCUGUGCCAGCCGUAUGGGCGUUAUAAUUUUGAAGUUGUUCCUGACAUUAGGGACUAUAUCUACUAUAUUAGGCCCAUUGUUCUCGUUGCCGGUGAGGCAGCGGACAACCCCGAGUUCUUGUCGAUAGUGAGGGACGUCGCGGCAGAACUUCCGGAUAUCCUACCUGGGACCGAUCCAGAGGACAAAAAGCUGGUUGGCAGUGCAGGCGGUAGCGCAGAGCUCGUAAUUCUCGAAGACCCAGGAUUUGGUCCAGCUAAAGGGGCAGCACUUUGGUCGAGGUUGAAGGUUGAAGCCUCCGGGUAUUGUGAGACGGCCCAGGGGUGUGAAAUGCCGAUUGCGAACCAGCAAGAUGAGGAUGAAAACUCACGGGCAGAGGAAACGAGAAUUAUUGCUUAG